AAACAAUGCAUUUAUGACCUUAACGAUGUUUAUUCUCUAAGAAUCCUUGUACCGGACAAACUUGUUCCAGCCAUGGGAAAUGUUCACCGAUUUCAUUCAGAGACAGAAUCCAUAGAUGCAUUUGCUACCCGGGUUAUCGUGGCAGUGAUUGUGAAAUCGGUAGGUAACUUUUGAAGUUUUUCAUCGUACAGUUACUGCAAACAUUUUUUUAUUCCAUGAUAAUGAUAACCACAAGUGAUCUUUAGGACAGAUCUUUGAUUUUUCUGACUGGUCAUAUUUCCUAUUGUGGAAACCAACUCACAUCCCAUCGGAGAAGGUACGUGAAAUAAAGUUGAGGGAUCAAAUGUGCCAAUGAAUUAUAGUAGAAUGCUUUCUAGGAGCUGUUCAUUUCAUAUUUUGUCAAAUGGACAAAGCUUGACAAAACUCUGACUGAGCAAAAGAUAGUUUGAUUCGAAAAAAAAUUAUAGUGCUGAGAGCUUGUCAGAUUGCAAGGAUCAAUAAUGAUUUCAAAAUGGAUGUAAUAAAGUAGUUUUUUCUGAAAUGACAAAGUGUGACAAAGAACUGACAAUCUUUAUCGGAAUAAAAUGGCCUAGACAUUCGCUCUUCAGGACGUUAGUUGUAAGUUUCUUAACUUUGACUAAAAUUUGCACACUUAUUUUCAGCGCCAGGAGAAUGUAUGAAUUACAGUGUACUGAGCGAGCCCGGUCGCCACACAUCGUUUGGAAGAGGACAGAACUCGGACAGGUCCCUUGUGUCUGGCUGGUACAGAUUUCAAUCCAGUUCAUACACUAAAAUGCUGGACCAAUGUGUCAGUCCCCGCAAAUGCCUAACAGUCAUUACAGGUUUCUUAAACGGGCUGCACCCACUCAUCGAGGAUGGCAUUGUCGACAGGGAGGCAUGUUUCCAUGGUUAUUCUAAUUGCUGCUACAGAAAAGUUAAAAUUCAUGUGAGGAGAUGCGAUGGUUUUUAUGUUUACUACUUAAAUCCAUCACCUGCUGGAUUAUUUCGCUAUUGUGCGAUAUAG